UGCUUUAUCAUUUUGCUUGAGUAAAGCAACCCAUAUCUCCAAAUGUAAAUCACUACUGCAUCGCUAUCUCCAGCAAAAAUAGUUUUAACUUAAUAGUUCAAUACUAAUUGGUAAACUAUGGAAUGCAAGCUUUGUGUGCUUAUCUAUGAUAGAUCAGAAUUGUUGGUUUUUGUAGAUCUGAAAUUAGCUCUUAGUAAUAAAGGUAUGGUGUGGAUUCUGUGGAAAUUACACAACGGUUUUGGAUUUUUGUAGUAUGUUAUUCAAUGCGCUCUGUUGCUCCAGUGUGCACUUGGUUGUUGUUAAUUAACUCUGGAGAAUGAGAAGCAAAUGGCAAAUGACGUAGUAUUAAAUAUUGUGUAUUUUAGUUUUACGUUGCAUGUUGAGUAAGCGAAGGUAUUACAUGUGAAGCAAAUAGGUUUAGUAUUUCGACCUGUGUUCAUUAGUUUUAAAGCUAAUUAUAAUGCAUGACCAAGUUACAGGUGUUUGAGGAGUUAAUGGUAUGGGUUUAUUCAAUGGUCGUAGUUAAGAAUUGUUGGUCAAAUCGGAAAUUUGUUGGAGAACUCAGCAGUCUAUCUAUGUGGUACAUGAUGUCUUGCUGCUAUCCCUUGUAUAUUGCCAGUGAUAGUUAAAAUGUUGAUUCAGAUUGUUCCACGUAAGAAAGGAGAGGAUGAAGGAAUCUCCCAUCCAGGUGACGAUCAGUUACCUGAUGAUUUAGAAGACAAAUUGCAAGAAAAACUUGAUAAAAUGCCUGAAUACCAGGAGGCAUUGACUGCUCAGAAACAUAUGAAACAACAGAAAAAGGGCCAGGCUGGUCUCUCUGGUGCAUUCGGAGGAAUGUCGGAAGAUGAAAUCACAGCUCAUUUUAAAGAAAGAUUCAAAGAGAUUGCCGAAGAAAAAGGUUUGAAAAUUCCCGACGGGUUAUACAAUGCUACUUUGAAUGCCACUGAGGUCAAUAGUACAGCGCAGAAUUUUGUGGACCCGUACCAGAAUUUAACUCAAGAACAAAAAAUGGAAAAGUUAGCGGAGCUGAAAAAUAAGAUGGAGGAAAUGAAUCAACAGUUUGAUAAGGAAAUGGCAGAAUUCUUUGAAUCGGGUUCGUUCAUGAAAGAUUUGGAAGCAAAUAUGCCACCUAGUGACGUUAAAGAAAUGCCAUCUGGAAAUGAUGCAGAUGAUCAUGCUGAAGAAAUGCCAUCAAAAAGUGAUAUGGAUGCAUUAAAGCAAGCGACAGAAAAGUUGAAAGAGAAAAGCAAAGGCGAUAAACAAGAACUUUAGGAUUAAAUUGAUAAAUUUGUUAUAGAAAAAUAGAUUGCGAGAGUGAAUUUUGAUGGACUUGCUGUCGGUUGAACUGAGCUUGCUGUAUUUCGGUCGUUUUUAACAAAUCACUGAAAGCCUUUGUGUGGUGUAUUAGGAAAAUUUACUUGUUGAUUUAAGUUUUAAAAAAAAAAGUACUUGGAAUAUAAAAGCGCUCAUGAGAAAUUGUUGAAAUGAAUCGACUUGCCAGGUGUUUAUGAUAGAUUUCCACAUCCAGGUCAGGAGACUUAUUGCAGAGAAAUAUCAGAUUGCGAUUCGAAAGUAAAUUAAAAAAACAUAAUACGAAUAUGAAAUUGCUGCAUUUUCAUAACUCUGUUCUUCUGUACUGUAGGCUUUGUUUUAAAUUAUGCGAAGAAUCUGCACAAGAUUAAUAUAUAUAGUAUUUAGUCUAAAGUAAGAUAAAAAUUGACAUUUCAUGAUAUGCAGGAUGGAAUCGUUUUCGUAACAACCAAACUACACACAAUCAUGACAUGCUUGUAAAACAAGUGAUGGAGAAAUCUUAUCUCCCGAUGCACAGUAUAAUAACAAGUAAACUAGGCAACCACAUUGCAUAAAAUAGAGCAGCCAAAUAGAUCACUACAGAUGAGGGAAAUUUAAUUUGCAUUCUAUCCAAUGAGCAAAUAUGAACAUCUUUAUUAACAAGACGAGGCCACACGCAGCUCCGGGGUACGCCAGAGAUAAUAUUGCGCAAUGAUAUCAGUAAUGCAAUAAUCGGUGACGAUAACCAAUUUCUUGCGCGAUUUGUUGGAUUAUCCAAAUAAAACUAAAAUUAAUUUGUCAAUAUUACCAGUUAAAAUUAUAGACAAUAUGGAUAACACGAUCACAAAAAAUAUGAAUUCCAGUGUUGUGCCAGUUCACUAGUCCCCUCCUGUCUCAUGGGGUGAAAUUGUGCUAAAACUUGCAUUGUAACCAAGACUGUUUUCGUUGUUUGUGUCGCAUUAGAUCAUCUUUGCAAAACUUAACACUAGAGCAAACUUUUAAUUUUUUGAAUCAAAUCAUUCCUGGUAUGCAUGACCUUAAUGUAAUAAGAUAGUCCUGCCAUUUUUUUUUACCAGAAUAUACUUGUGUUCUAUGUGUGAUUGUCCAUAGCUUUGUUAAUAGGAUAAUUUGAAUUUCCCAACUAAAACAUCCAGCUAAUAAAAACGAAAAACGAUAGUAGCAACAUCCUAACAAAACUACUUUCAUUUACUCUAGAAUAAUGUUUCACAUCCUGAUUAUAUUUUUCAUUCCAUCUUCGUAAACUUAUCUUUGGAUAUUCUGCGCUUUAACAUAUUAUGUUAACGAACGUUUUCUU